AAUAAAGACACAUUAAGUCGAAAUACAUUUAACAACAGAUAUAAAAUUGUGAUAUUUGAAUGAAUACAUUCCACAUGCUGUAUUUUGCUGUAUUUUUUGUUUUUGUGUUACACCAAGAAAUAUUUUGUUAUCCAUCAGAUUUGUCACAAGAAAACAAUAUUAUAAAGCCGCUAGGUGGAAUUGGAGAUGCCAUAACAGACACUAUUAAAAAUUUCUUUAAGGCAAAAACACCAAUGGAUGACUUUCCUGAUUCAGGAAGAAAGCAAGCAGUUUUAGAACUUCAAACAAAGGAAUCCCUUCCAAUACAAUUGGACUACAAAUACGCUGGUCUACAAGGAUUAGUGGCUGGUAUAUUUAAUCCAAAACCUGUCGUAGAUGUAACUGAAGAACAUGAAAAAUAUGGAAAUGAUGGAGGUGCUGGUAGAAAAGUAGGAACUGCUGUAGUUGGGGGAUUUGAAGGCUUUUCUAAUGGAUUAAAUGCUGCUGCAGAGUUUCCAUUUGUUGCAGCUAAAGAAUUUGGAAAGAAAAUAACUACAUCUUUAAAUAUCGUUGGAGGAAAACUUGUUGGACUUUCUUAGAUAAUAAGUUAAUUUAUAAUAAAACUUUGGAAAUAAAAU